GGCCGCUGCAGCAUCACGUCGGGGAUCCGCCUAGCCUCUAAGCGCCUUGGCAUCCGUUGCUGCAACAAUGAAUCCGUGCCGUCCAGUCCCCUGCGUGGCCGUCCUGCUGGUCUACUUGCUGCUAGCCGGGAGCGCUUCGCACAGCCAGGCUGCUCCUAUGACCGGGGAGCUACGGUGUCAAUGCAUCCAAACGGUCUCCCGUGCGAUUCCACGCAAGCAAAUUGCUUCCGUCAUUCUCCUCCCCGAGGGACCUCACUGUGCCGUUCCUGAAGUCAUAGCCACCCUGAACAACGGGAGGAAAGUCUGCCUGGACCCCCAAGCGCCGUGGGUCAAGCUGAUUGUCAACAAGAUUAUCGCAAAGCCCUAACACGACAAGCUGCGGAAAAUGCUUUGGGCAUGGAUACGGAGCAGUUGUGGGAAGCCUCUGGUUAGAGAAGCUGGAUGCAAAGUCUACGGUCGAGCACCUUAAGAACUGAACCACUUAACAACUAUCCACUCGUAUUUAUUAUCGAAACUGAUUGGAAUGUAUUUAUUGCUACCUGUAGCUCUAUCCGGCCGCCUGGUGGAUUCAGCACGCUAGAUGCCACUGUUAUGUAUUCUGUGAAGCCAACUGAAUGUACACACUGCAACACUUGGGCGCUUUUUGAUAGGUUGCCGCCCACUCUGAGCACUGUUUCUGCAAUGGAGGAUGGGGUAGAAAUAUUCUCUGUAUUAAGUAUAUCGAUAAAAUGCCAGAGUGCCAUUCAGCUAAUAGUCUUCUGGGCAGCUCCCGCUGAAAUGAAUGGGAGCAGCACAAGAGUCCUGGCACGUUUUUGAUUACACGUAUAUUCAUAGAAUUGUGGAGUUGGAAGGGACCCUGUGGGUCAUCUAGUCCAACCCCCUGCAAAGCAGAAAUCUUGCCCACAGCUGUCCCUGGGUGGGCUUGAACCACUAAACUUCUGGUUUAUAGCCAGACACACUGGCCCAUUGCUGUGAAGGUACAACACACUGAUAUUAUUCUGAUAUUAUUGCUGCAAACCUGGCUAUGAAGCUAUGGAAUGAAUUUUGCUUAAUGAACUUUGCUUAAUGAGUAUAUUUAAAUAAGGAUUUUUUAUUUAAAAAAAUAUUGUAAAGAACAGCGAUGUUCUAUGUACACUUGGAUAUUUCAUGUCUUCAAUGUAUGGCAUACUGCCAUGGUUUUUUUUAGGGAAUGAGCAUUUUAUUAUUGUGUGUCUGGAUUAUAAAUUCCUUUUCUUAUCUGUUUAACUGUGGAAUGCGACACAUUCUGUAUAAAAAUGGGUUUUUUUUCUAAUUAUAGUGCACUGAACUACAUUUUUCUUCCAGA